GCGAUGAAAGCAGCGGAGAUAUUCGAGACAAACCUGCGGAUGUGCCAUAAAACCGUUUGGUAGAGCUGAGGUAAUAAUCUUCUGCCAGUAGUUAUCCUGGUGAGCACGCAGCUCUGCAGUGGUCUAGUCGAAGAUAAGACCCAUUUCUGUGUGUGAGGGUAACCCGGACAAGCUGAGAGCGACAGAGGGGGAUUUUGUCGGCCCACUGCAGUCUGAAUCACCGCUGACUCGCCCCGCUGCUGGCUCAUCAUCGACGACGUUUGCCCAUCGACGUGCGCAUCCUCUUGGAGGCAGAAAGCAACGGGGAAGGGACCGACCCGAGCCCGCAUUUGACCCUGUGCUGCAGCCCCGAGUUGCGCUGCUUGGCAGGGCGUGCUAAAUAAUGAGCCAAAGGGACACACUGGUUCAUUUGUUCGCUGGAGGAUGUGGUGGCACAGUGGGAGCAAUUUUGACUUGUCCUCUGGAGGUUGUGAAGACCAGACUGCAGUCCUCCUCUAUCACUCUCUACAUCUCUGAAGUCCAUCUCAGUACCGUGAAUGGAGCCAGUGUGGCCCGUGUCGCGCCACCAGGGCCUCUGCACUGUCUCAAGUUAAUUCUAGAGAAAGAGGGUCCUCGUUCACUCUUCAGAGGACUGGGACCCAAUCUUGUGGGUGUGGCACCUUCCAGGGCGAUCUACUUUGCGGCCUAUUCAACUGCCAAGGAGAAGCUCAAUGGGGUGCUGGAGCCAGACUCUACCCAGGUGCACAUGGUGUCGGCUGGGCUGGCAGGGUUCACCGCCAUCACAGCCACCAAUCCAAUCUGGCUGAUCAAGACCCGUCUGCAGCUGGAAACCAGAACCCGGGGUGAGCGGCGAAUGAAUGCAUUUGACUGCGUGCGGCGGGUGUACCAGAUGGACGGCCUGCGAGGUUUCUACAGGGGCAUGUCAGCCUCAUACGCUGGCAUCUCUGAGACAGUUAUCCAUUUUGUCAUCUAUGAGAGCAUCAAACGUAAACUGGUGGAGUCUAAGGCCCACGCCAGCAUGGACGAAGAGGAGGAGUCUGUCAAAGAUGCUUCAGACUUUGUGGGCAUGAUGCUCGCAGCAGCCACCUCCAAGACCUGUGCCACCUCCAUUGCAUACCCUCAUGAGGUGAUCCGCACACGGCUACGAGAGGAAGGCAGCAAGUACCGCUCGUUCUUCCAAACGCUGCUGACGGUACCCAGGGAGGAGGGAUACCGGGCACUGUACCGCGGCUUAACCACCCACCUUGUCAGACAGAUCCCCAACACUGCCAUCAUGAUGUGCACCUAUGAAGUGGUGGUCUACCUGCUUUGCCGUUAACCCUCCAGGUAUGUCUCCUUCUUCUUUGAAGAGGGAGACAGUUAGCAAAUGACAGAGAAGGUAGCGCUACUGUGGACUAAAUGUUGAAAUGAAGACCAAAGGAAAACCGAAAAUACUCUAGUGGACCAGAAGAGGAAAGAUGGACAAAAGAUGAAGAAAUAGGAGGGAGGAAAGCCAUUUCUUACCAUAUCAACAUCAUCAACUAAAGUUCCUUUUAUCAGAUUGCUGGAACCGAUAGAGGUCACUGCAGUUCAGACGAGAGGUAAUAUGAGAUGGGUAAGAAGAGAGGCGCUGACAGGAAAGACAGGAAAGAGUUUGGCAUCUGUCAAACCAAGGGUACCUCCUAAAGGAAUACAUUUUAAGCACAUUUCAGUGGCCUUAACAAGGGUUUUAGUUUACGUAUUUUCGUUUGAGUGGAGAGUGAUAAACGGCCUUUUCCAAUCUUGGAUAGAGAUAUUGUGAAGGGGAAUGCUUGGAGGCUCAAUUUGACAGGAGAGAUGAGAACUAAAUGUAGGUCAAUGUCAAACUACUUGGCACCAUUUGUCUGCGCUGGACUCGCCUUAGUGCUGUCAGACGGCUGUAAAACCAUCUGAAUCACCUGAACCACCCACAAAGUGUGGCUUCAAGCAUUUCCUUCUGAACAUUGCAGUCCCCAUCCCCUGAGCUUGUUAUGACCUGUCACUCAUAAAGAGUAAGUUGAAAUGCUAAGCUGACAUUCAGUGUUUUACUCGGUGCAUGGUGGUGACGGGGUUCGGGUGAAGUUUGCCUUCUGUCUGAAAUAUGAUUGGCAUCCAAGGCCAGCUUCUGCCUGCACCCCGUAACUGCUCAGGACUUUAAAUUAUUGUGUGAAACAUGAGAUCACCGUGUCCUUUUUGAGAUGUGAAGUGUGUGAUUGUCCAAAAGGUACCAACACUUAAGUAUCAAUUAUUGGAGUGUCACUACUUGAAUAUAAUGUGACGUGUGGGGAAAUGCUGCAGUGGGAGAAUGUUGAUUGAGUUUCAUCAUCACAUCUUGUGUGUGGUGUGUGUUGUGUGUUGUGUGAGUGUGUGAGUGUGUGUGUGUGUGUGUGUGUGUGUGUGUGUGUGUGAGAGAGAGAGAGAGAGAGAGAGAGACACAUGUUGGUCACUCUCGCCAUGAUGAUCUAACUAUGUUUUAAGAAUGUGUUUGUUCAUCUGCGGUCAUGUGUGCCUGCAUGUAUAAUUAAUAUCUACUCCAGAUUUCCCUCCACUAACUAUUAAUCUUACAAGACCCUGCGGUUGGGAGUGUGGAAAAGCUCCUGUAUGAUACUGGCAGCCUUCAUUCCCAAUCUUAUGCUAGCCCUUCCUUCCAGUGGCUCCCAACUGACCUGAUAAUAUGCACUUUUGUGGCCUUUUAGGGCUUGUGCUUUGCAUUUUCUUGUGUGGACAGUUUGAACUUGUACAUUGUAAAAGAAAAAAAGUAUUCCUGUAUAUCAAAAUGGUAUUUUGCGCAACUGUUCUUAUAGCAGAUAUAUUGUACAGUUUAGAGUUCUCAGUAGUUGUGAAGGAUGUCCAAAUGUGUGUAUAUAAUAUAGAUACUGUAUAUGCAUAUCAUUUAUUGUUUUUGUUCUUAGGCCCAUGUAUGAUCAUGCUGUAGUUUGCAUCUUUUUUGUGCAAUUUAACCUGGUUUGACAUUGACUGUUGACAUGAAUAUUGUUAUUGCUUGACUGGGUUUUCUUACAGUAUAAACUGAGUUAAUUUAUAUUGGUAUGUUUCUGUCAAGCGAACAUUUGUGUUAACAGUAAAGCUAACAAAGGCUGCGAGAUAAAUACUUUUAUGUCAGCAUUUGUGCGUUGGUUAGUUGUUUUAGUGGUCCAAAAAAAGUUACAUUUUGCAAAGUUUGGAUGUUUCCAUCAUUGGUAAUGUUUACAUUGUUCAUAGGUCUCAUAGCAAAAUGUUUUGAAUAUCCAGAUGGAGGUAUUUUAAUGUGAAAGUUUAACAACUGGAAUCAUCUUUACAAUACGUUACAGAAAUGCCAAGCUAAUCUGUUACUGUGAAUUUACCCCUUUUUAAACGUGAAAGUUCAUUUAGCAUACAGAAAAAUUACCUUUUGGAAAACGUUGCCACAUGAAUGUUUGAAAUUGUAUCCAAGCACCUUAUCAAAUUAAUGUUUUAUAUUUAUUAUCAAAACAUCCUUUAGUAUGACAUUUAAAACUUAUGACAGAAGAACAUAGAAAAGCCCUCCCUCCACAACCUCUGUGGUCUCUGUGCCCACAAGGAUUAGGUCUGCACAGUUUCCGUGUUUAAAAAAAGUAUUGUGUUUAUUUCCCCAUCUGCAGAAAACCUGAUGUGUUAUGCGUAUGGAGUUAUUGAAUGCUCUCAUUUCCAGCCCCCUUAUUGCAGUAUAAUUUCAGAGGCUAACCUAGGCCUGGGUCAAUAGUUAUUGAUUUUCAGUCACCAUUGACAUGUUGCUAACCCAGAAUUGCUGUCAGUGCCUGGAAAAAAAACAAAAAACAGCUGACUCAUUUUAAUGUCCAUGUUUUACUGUAAAACACUAAUCGUUUUUAUGUCUUUGCUCCAUUGCAGUAAUACUUGAGGUCAUGUUACCAAAAUGUGAAAUAACCAGUCAACUGGACAGGCAUGUUACCUGUCUGUACCUGAACGGUACAGACAUGUUACUGUAUUUCGUAACUCAUUUCAGUGUAUGUAUGCAAUUCAAUAACUUUCUCCUGCAUGCUUGGACAGGAUGCGGUCUCAAGCAGGGUUGAAUAAAGAUUGACCUGGAAGAUUAUU